AUGGCACCACAACAUCUGGUUUGCCUCUAUGACCGGUUGCAGCUCCAGCUCGGUCAAGCAGUGCAACUCUACCGGCGGGUGCUGCGCGCACAUCGUUCCCAACUGCGGUCGGCUACAUGGCAAGAGCUGGCAGACAAAUUUGCUCGCGCGGAGUUCCGCGCUCACAUGGCUGCAGCCUCCGAGGCCGCUGAAAGCAUCCCCUACGAACCCGAGUCCUGUCUGUGGACGUCAGGCCCCAGCCGGUUAGUCGGCUCCUCGACCAGCGAAGCACUCACCACAGGGCAUCAUCUGGCUAAUGGAUCGCUCGCCUGUUCUUCUUCGGCCGUCAACGGGCUCUCGACGCACGUCACUAGGCACGUGCCGGGCCAGAAAGGCUCUCGAGAUCCCGAAGAAGCAACUGCGGCAAGUGUCUCGGAUGCGAUGCGUGGUCAGACUCAUGCGCAACAUGGAGAGCAUGUGCCACCUACGGCACGGACGCCACUGGAUGGUGCAGUUGCCCAGGCAGAAAAGGCGUCAGAUCAGCUGCAGGUGUUCAUGCACGCAUGGCAGGACUACCUGGAAUUCGCUGAGAGACGCGGCCUGCAGAUGGGCAGACACAUGCGACCAGCACAGCGGCAACUCUUGUCCGUGGAUCAACAACAACGACUCAAGUCGAUGAGAGACAUGGCUCAUCUCCUUAAGAAUCAGUCCAAGUAG